AUGGUCAUUGGCUUCAAUGGCACAAUGAUCGCAGAUCCCAGUUACAUUCGUGGCGCUGUAUCCACUAGCUCUGAUUGCAGUGAGCGGAAAAACCAUUCAGUUCGGCACAUUAGCCGUAUUCCGAGGUGCCAAUCCGAAGGGUUAGGCCGUUCUCGACAUCACAUAAGAGGCCUAAUCAUCGGCAGUUCACCUAUGAGUUGCCGUGCGGGCGGGGUCAGAUUGCUCAGAUCACGGAUACUCUACGUUUGCCUCGCACAAGCUACGCAAUGGAACCAAGAUAUCGGCCCUUACUUCCGGGAAAGCCCCCUGGCGGGCCAGUCGAAGGAUCAUCUAUUGAGGAAAUAG